CAGCAGGGAGGAUUUCUGUGCAGGCUUCUGCACGGGCAGCUAAGCAGGACCUACAGCUCAUGUGUCAGACUGGAUUCCAGUCACUCUCACUGGCUGCUCCACAGAUCUGUGCAACAGGGAGCUGGAGCUGAACCUCUUCUGUGCAUGAAAACACUCUGCAAACAUGGCUGGUAAAAUUCAGAGUCUGACUGAAGAGGAGAGGGCCCACCUUCUCCCCCUGCUACGCAACGCUCAGUGGGUGGAACUCGGGACACGGGACGCCAUUUACAAAGAGUUUAUUUUUAAAGACUUCAAUCAGGCUUUUGGUUUUAUGUCCAGAGUGGCUUUACAAGCUGAGAAGAUGGACCAUCAUCCUGAAUGGUUCAAUGUCUAUAAUAAGGUCCAGAUUACUCUCAGCACACAUGACUGUGGGGGGGUGUCCCAGCGAGACAUCACUAUGGCCACAUUCAUUGACCAGGCAUCAAUGAUGUAAGACACCUGCAUCGUCAGUCAUUUCAACAGUGGAAAAUGAAGAGCUCUUCAUUUAUUGAUUUCACUGAGAAAUUGCUGAGGAUGUGACCUGCAAAUCCAAAGAAUAUGUUACCUUCAGUGAAUUGUGAAUGAUGUAGCGGUAGGUCGGUGUAGACUACAAAUGGUCCAACGUGGUUAAAAAACUAUUGUGUUGCUGGUUACGCAUUUGAUGAAUAAAUGAGAUUAGAAGCUAAAGGUAAAAUGAUGUUCACACAUAACAUUCUUAAUAUUAGUAAUUUUUCAGAAACCAUUCAAUUUAUUCCAUUAAACAUUCAUAUGUGUCCCUCUGCCACAAUUAGUGUAUUAUGUGCCAAUUAUUUUGUACUUUACAGUUUAGUAAAUGUUAUUUUCUGUCGAACUAAAAAGAAAAUGACCAGAAAAAUUAUAAGACUGAAUGCAUUUGAUUGAAAACAACACUGUAGAACAUCCACUGUGUGUGACCAUGAUAAUUGCUUAGAGUGGUAUAAUUGCGUGUGGAUCAUGUGCAAAGGGGAAAAAAAUCUGCUACAUAAGAUGCACUGUCA